AUGGGUCCGCAUGUCGAAGAUGCUUACGGGCGGGAGUGCCUUGCGUCUUUGUACCGCGGGCCAACGUACGUUCCUCCCGUCCUGUCGCUCUCGAGGCGGCUAUGCUGCGGCUUCGCAAACGAGCAGAGCCCGUUGUUAAACAAGUCCGUCUUUCUCCGUCUCAAACGGAUCGAAGAACACUUGGGGCUGCCGCCCUUGAGCAAUGUCGACGAGCCCGAGUCGCCUCCGUCUCCGGAGAUGACGGCACUGGAGCCUGGGACGCCUGGGGAAACUUCACUCGGCGCUCUCUGGGGUGCGGUAUCUGUGCUCAGAAGAAGCUGCUCCUCCAAUGUCAGCUCAAACAUAUGGGACAAGGUCAUGAUCAAGCGCCUCUGGCUGUCAUUCCACGAGUCCAUGCCGGGGCUGCACUUUCUCCCGACAAAACAGACGUUCUCGUCUCCGAGACCACUCAUGCUGGCCUCUAUGCUCUACUGCUCCAGCAUCAGGGGCUCGCCUGACGUUGCCGUCUUGGCGCCGGAUUACUUCACCGUCUUGUGCAGCGCCAUCUCCCAGCUGUGCAUACCGCAGAGCGAAGUCGGCCAGCCUCCUGACGAAAAGACUUCCGCCGAAGAAUGGGCGUUUCAAACGGUGUUGGGUAUCAUACUCGCCGGCCUGCUGAGGGAAGCCGUCGUGAAAGAGACCGGGGUCUGGAUAUCCCUCGCAUACCGUCUCAUAUUGGAGCAUUGCCCCUCUCAUACCGAUGAGCGAUCUCGCGAGUGGCGACGUUUGUUCGCCGGCUUACAGAUCGUGGAUCUUGAACAUGCGUCAAUCCACCUGUCGUGUCCUGUCAUUCCCAUCGAGGCGCCGCUUCCAAGACUGAAGAUCCCACUGCAGGAUCAGUUAUAUCGGUUGUCACGGAUGAUGCACACAGGUUUGACUCACUUUACGGGGAGGGGCCUCCCGACAAUCUGGUCGUGCUUCGAAACCGAGCCCACCGUGGCGCAGAUCUCUUCUGUUUCGUUCAGCGGGGUUGACGGCGCUGUCAUCCGCGACUGGGCGCGGCAGCUGGACGACUGGCUCGUGGAGUUUAGUGACAAGGACUUUGAGUCGGAGCACGAGAAGAAGCUCGUGUUCCGGCAGUACAUCCUGCAUCGACUCCUUGUCUUGUCUAUAUACCACCCUGCCAGAGGCUGCAACCUGUUCUCAAACACCACCCCGAAAGAGCAGCACGAGCUUCUGGUCUCUGCUAGAGCGGCCGUCAAACUCCAGAUGUGCGACUCUUCGAUAUGGUCUAAUUGGGAUUUGGUCAUGAUCACGUGGGCUGCUCUUAUCGUACUUCAAGGAGUGGACGGAGGGGUAGGGGAACCUGAAGAUUUAGAAAACGUAGGCGUUCACCUGCAAAGGUUGAAGGAGAUGUACGAGCCGAAACCCAGCCUUCGGGGAAUGCUGGCUGCCCGGCUCGAGCAGAAGCUUCAGGGACUUCACACGCCUGCGUCUGGGGAUGCCGAGGGUUUUGAACUAGAGAUUCGCAACCUGGACAACUCGUGGUACAUCUUUGACCAGUCCAGCCUUCAGGCUGGCUAUAACUUGUGGUCGUAUGAGAACCAGGGCGGUUGA